AUGGAAUCAGGGCGAAUUUUAGAUGAGCAGAUAAGUGCCUCUUCUUCUUUUGAUCCGUUAAGUACAAGUCCAAUACAUUCUAGGUUAAACACUGAAAGUGGCAGCGGGGCAUGGUGUCCAUCGUCUCAAAUUAAUGCUACAUCCCACGAAUGGAUUCAAGUAGAAUUAGCAGAUGAGUAUUUUAUUGUUGGGGUACGCACUCAAGGCCGUUGGGAUAAAGGGAGAGGGUUAGAAUUUCCAUCUGCUUACAUGAUCGAAUAUUGGCGUCCAUCAUUGGGUCGCUGGGCACGAUAUAAAGACAGCACUGGAAAUGAGGAGCCCCAUUUUAUUUCUUCCACAUUUCUCGCUUGUUUUACUUCAAACUACUUAUUUUGUGUUAACCUCAACAUUAUUGACUUAGUUUUCACAUAAGUCGGAAUCAUUGUCAUUCAAAUAUUGUUUUCCUCGAAGAUCAAAGGAUUUGAAAUUUUUCAGCUAUUCAAAACAAUAACCAAAACUUUUCAAAAUUAUCGAAAAACAUAAUCUUUAUUCUAAAUUUAUUUAAUACAAAAAUUGCAUAAUUAAUUUCCUAUUUAAUUUUGACUAAAUAAAAUCUUUCUUUAAAUCUAUCCUCAUAAAAAUCUAAAUCUCCCUCUUCUUCACUUGUGAAUAUCUCCGCGCAUCUGUCGUUCAUCAUCUUUUUUUUAUUAAAACCCUCUUGUCAUGUCGUCUGUCUUUUUAUUAAAAUUCAAGUAUAUUUUGAUGUUCUUCCCUUCAAAAAAUGUUCCUUUUAUUAAACCCCCCCUCUUAUACGUUGAUUAUAAAUAAAACAUAAAUUUAUAUAUUCAUUUAUUUAAUCGAAAAUCGGCACAAGUCAAGGCCAUCAAUGUUGUGUAUUUCUCUAUAUUUCUUUAUUUUCUCCGAUUUGCACACUUUUGUUUGAAUUGACAACACAUUGGAUUACAAUAAUAAUAAACAUAAAGAUAACACAUGAAAAGG